AUGGGGCCUGAACAACGAUCGCGCCCCAGAUCUGACCCUGGCCCAGUAAGGGCCAUUUCAUCCUCUCCAAACGAAUUCAAAGCCCUCGUGUCCCCCAGGGGGGGACAACAGGCUCUGGCCCAACCUCGACCACCUGGAGAGCCGGUGCCUGCCCCCGUCACUGCCUCACAUCAGCCCCUCGGGCCAUUUCGAAGGUGGGAACCUCGAAGGAACCCUGUGGGAUCUUUUUACGGAGUCUCCAUCUCGGAGUUGCAGAUCGCGAGGGUCGAGGCCCUUGCACUCUCGCGAGCGCUGGCAGUAGCUGCAGAACCAAAAGAAAGCGAGGGACCAGGGCCUUGGCACGUCCGACCUCUGGGAGCUUCCCGCCUAAAGGCCCACCACGACGUGGCCAGUCUCUUCCAGGCAUACCCCUCCCCAGCACUGAGAGAACCACAAGCGGGAACAUCUGCGGUGACAAGUGAUGGAACUGGAGGUCCAGCCCAGCAGGAGGCAGAUGGCCUGCCUUGUGCCUGGGAGGCCAUUGUUCAUUUCUCGCAGGGGUCUUCAGGAAAAGAGCUGCCAGCCAACUACCCACCCAACCGCUGCUGCGAGAAUCUUGGCCUGACCAGAGGCCCGAUAGACCUGCUGCCCACCCACUGCUUCCACUUCCGCCAGCUCCUGCCAUCCUAGGGCAGGGGCGCCCAGAGUCCUCUCAGUCCUGUCGCUGCACCUUGGCCCCAGACUGUCCUCUUUCUGGGGGACGUCUCUUCCCCCCUUGUCACCUCUUCACCCCACAAGACCCAGCAAGACCCACCUGAAUGUCACUUCUUCAAGGGAAUUGUUCUCUCUUCCCCCAGUGAUUUCGUCACCAGUGGAAAUCCUAGAUGUGCUUCUGUCUCUGUAGGGCCGUCCCCGAUUUUCUGGAAACUCUGUUUCUGCUCAUCAGCCCUGUGCUGCAGCCGCUACUGGAGCCCUGAGGCCUCUUCACUCGGUGUGUCCCGACUGAGGCACGUGGUCGCCAUCCCACUGCUUUGCUUUUCUAUCAUUUGAUACCUGUUAUUUCCACAGAUCUAGUUUCAUGCACAGUCCUGCGAUUCUGUGAAGGAGUCUAUAGGCUUCCUGGGACUCCAGAAAGAUCUGUGACUCAGGACAGGUUAAGGACUCCACAUGGGUCAGUAUGGAGCCCAGUAUUUUGUGGCCCAGAGGCUGGAUCUCUUUGGGGACAGAACUGGCAGACUGGGGGAGACGGAUCCCCCCAAAGUAAGCAUGCCAUAAGCAGAAGUGGGGAAUGGGGCCAGCAGGAGAGAAGGGGUCAGUCAGAUAGUGCGGACACACGUCCCAGGCCCCAGACCCUGAGCCCUCCCCGUGGA